ACCCUAGUUGGAGGGUGGGGAGGUAUAAUUACACAUUUGUUUCAACCAAAAUCGAAAGGGGCAUUUUUUGUUGAUUUACCAGUUGUGUAAUUUCAUCCCUUUAUUUUUGAGUUCCAAUUUUUAGUAGUAGUUAACUCACGAACUCUUUAACUCGAACCUCUGUUCUCUUCUCUCCCACAUUUUUCACAGUUUCACUCAGAUUUCUUUUAGGGGGGAAAAUGGAACCCAGAGGAGUACAAAGCCCGGCAGGAGGAUUACAGGUGCAACAACAACAACAAUCGAUGUUAAUGGGGCAAACAUCUUCCUCCUACCCUUCAAAUUCCGCCUUGAUCAACUCCAAUCCAACGGCCAACGUGCCUCCUCCUUUCCCUUUCAACUCACUAACUUCGCCGGUGCCGCUGCAGCGUCAUCAGCAGCAAAACCAGAACCAACAUCAACAGCAUCCUAAGCCGUUCGAUUCUAUGAAUUCCGCCGGUUUUGAUGAUUCGCCGCAGUUUAGGUACAAUACGGAGCCGGCCGUGAAGAAGAAGCGAGGUAGGCCUAGAAAGUAUGCUCCCGACGGUAACAUUGCACUUUUACAACUGGCACCAACCCCUCCGAUUGCUUCUAACACGGCGAAUCACGGCGAAGGCGAAUCCGUCGGUUUGGGGAGUAAUAGUGGUGCUGGUGCUGGUGGUGCUGCAUCUGAACCUCCGGCUAAAAAGAACCGUGGAAGGCCACCGGGUUCUACCAAAAAGCAGAUGGAUGCAUUAGGAGGAGUUGGAGGGGUGGGAUUUACGCCUCACGUGAUCACCGUGGAAGCCGGCGAGGAUGUAGCAUCAAAGAUUAUGGCUUUUUCACAGCAAGGACCGCACACAGUGUGUAUUCUCUCUGCAAAUGGUGCCAUCUCUAAUGUCACUCUACGCCAACCUGAAAUGUCUGGUGGUACAGUGACAUACGAGGGCCGCUUUGAAAUUAUUUCUUUAUCAGGUUCCUUCUUGCUUUCUGAAAAUAACGGUAGUCGCAGCAGGAGUGGUGGUUUAAGUGUCUCCUUGGCUGGAUCCGAUGGUCGAGUAUUAGGUGGUGGAGUUGCAGGGAUGCUACGGGCAGCAUCACCAGUUCAGGUCAUUGUUGGCAGCUUUAUUGCCGAUGGAAAAAAACAGAGCUCGGAUGCUUUCAGAACAGGACCGUCCUCCGUACUAGCAUCGAACAUGCUCAAUUUCGGAGCUCCAGGGAUGACAUGUAGCCCUCCUUCGCAAGGUGGCACAAGCGAGUCGUCUGACGAGAAUGGUGGUAGCCCUAUUAAUCGAGGGUCUGACUUCUACGCCAAUUCUGCUCCAUCAAUCCAUAACAACAAUGUGCAAAUGUACCAACUUUGGACUGACCAGAGUCAACAAUGAAGAUGCUUCGGAACUGAAAAAAGUAGAGCACAUCGGGAUGCUGACUCGGUGAUUGUUCUUACCGUAACAGUUCCAAAUCCUAACAUAUGCAUUAAAGAUUAGAAAUGGUAGAAAUCAUUUUCAUCGUAGAUCAAGCCAUAUCAGUUAUGUUUUUGUGUAGUCCUCCAUACUGGAAAUUGUUGUCACCAUCCACCUCCUGCUUCAGUUUAUGUAUUUUGCUUAUGGGAAACAUGUCAUCACCGCCAUUUUGGGAGCCAUGAUUAGAUGAUGUAUUGCUUUCGCAUUAGUUGUUGAUGUCAUAUGUAGGCUAU